CCGACCCACAUCCACCCAACGUGCUACGACCGCCCCAGGUGAAGGCCCAGGAGAUGCUGGCAGCGGCAGGCUGCUACCAAGGCACGCGCAGAGCAACUCGCUGCAUUUCUGGCAGCGGAAAUGUCUGAUGGGCGACGACGACGAAACUGCGAGGACGAGACGGCUAGUGUUACAGUUGUGUUACUACACAGUAGCACAGCAGUAGAGGCUUGACUCGCACGGAAUCUGCUCCACGUCAGCUGCGACGCGAAUGCAUCGCACUGACGUCGGACAGUGCGGUACAGAAAUGCUCUGCCGCUUGUGCCCCGUUGUCACACCUCCGACAAAGUCUGUCGAGCAGCGCAGGACGUUACGACGGAGUGCGUCAAUGUCAUACGGUUAGUGACGCCAGCCAGGCUAUCAUACUUUCCUUGGGGAGAGGCAACGAGGCGACGAGAGCUGAGAUGGAGAGACGCGCCACCCGAGACAACCCCUUUCUUGGGUUUUGAAAUGCCUCCACUUGAGUCAGCCCUAGUAGCCUCCCAGCGUGAGCCGCGUAGUAGUGCACAUGAGAGCUCGGUAUGAAUAACAUAUAAUUUGAAGUGACUUUUGAGUCGACUCAAAAGUCACCUUGAAGAACAUAUUUAUUUGAGACGCUUCCUUUCGCUUGUCCAACGAGGAGCACACCUGAACAGUACACGAUACUUCCAAGGCUUCGCUUCCCCCUUUGAGCUCAUCCUCCCGAAGGCCCAGAGUCUUGGAAAGCAACGGCGGCGUCACUUCUUGCACUCGCGAAUUUUGCGAUGCCCCGAUCUUAGUCCCUAACGGUUUCACGUCUUCCAACCCGUCAUCGUCAUCGUCAUCGUCAUCGUCGUCGUCAUCGUCAUCGUCAUCGUCAUCGCCAUCGUCAUAAUGACGAGAGCUCGACUGAGUUCGCUUCCCGCGCUCUUGCUGCUCGCCGUAAUCGCCUGCCUUCAGCAUCCCCCGCGCGCUGCUUAUGGCGCCGGUGAGUCCGACUCCGUCGACCCCUUCUUGUACUUCUCCGCGCGCGUGGUGGACGGCGAGGCGCGAGCAGCCGUCCUUCUGCGCAUCACGCCCCCAGAAACCGUCGCUUUCUUUGUCUACGCUGCUAUGCCAGCAAGCCCGCCGUCCUCUCUCCAGUUCGUGGGUACCACCGUCCCCGGAUGCAACGCCACCACGUGCAGCCUCAACCUCCACCCCCUCACCUGGACCCAAUUGGCGCCGUCUGUGUGGCGGAGUGAUGGAAUCUAUGGGACCCGGCCCACCUACGACCCUGAGCGAUUUGCCGUGAUUUCCCAGAUGAUGUUGGGUAUUUACCCCGCAGUGUUGAUGACGUACGACAACCCGGAAAUGGGGGGCCUGCGCCCAGCCUUGGGGCAGAUUUAUAAAGAUUUCUCGAAUAAUUUCAAUUACGGCGUUUCACUGAAUCCAGUCGGAUUCAACUUCAAUGCUCGCUUCCGCUCCUACAUGCCCGGGGGCGCCAACCUCAAUUUCUCGGUGUCCGCCGAUGGACUGAUCUUCCGAAUGGAUUACAGUUAUGUGAUCGUGGCCCCCUCUGAGCAGCCGGUUACCAGCCGCCUCGUUAUUUAUUACGAGGAGGCUGCUCCUCCCCCCUCUGCUACCACCUCCAUUACCACCACCGGUGCUUCGACUUCCGAGCCUCCUCCUCCUGCUCCUGUGGUAGUGGUGACGAGUGGCAAGUGCAAGAAGGCCAAGGAUAACAACAAGGACAAGAGCAAGGCUACAGGGAAGGACAAGCCCAAGUGCAACAACGGAAAGGGGAAGAAGAAGGGAGAUGAGGAGGACUGCUGCGAUGAUGGUGACACAUCGCCACCGCCGCCGCCGCCGCCACCACCACCACCACCCCCUCCCCCUCCUCCUCCUCCUCCUCCUCCUCCUCCCAGCAUCUCUUACGUAUCGCUCUUCUUCGGCUCAUCGACCUAUAUCUGCAACACCACCACGUGCCCCAUUUUCUACUCCGUGUUUGGCGGAAUGCCGUGGUACUUCAACCCCGCCUUUGGGUACUACACACAAGAGCAGCGGGAGGCGGACCCCCAGUACCAGGCGCUGUCGGCGCUGAUGCAGUAUUCGCUGACGGGGGUGAAGGGGCGGCUGGUGAAUGCGAGCAUGAAGAUGGAGGCGAUUGAUCAGCCCAAUGGGCCUCUCGGCCUCCUGGAACGCAUCUGAGAUAGAGUAUAUGGGCAGGGUCCCUUUCGCCCUUGACGUGGGUCAAAAGGUGUGAGAUGCGGUGCGCUGUCAGUGGUGAUGGAGUGUGCCGGGGUGCAAGGGGAGGGAGGGGAGGGGAGGUGAAGGGACAGCUGGUGAAUGCCAGCAUGAAAAGCUGGAGGCGAUUGGUCAGCUGAAUUGUCCUUUCGGCAUCCUAUAACGUAUCUGUCUGACCUGGAGUGUUGGUGUGUGUUUGAGCUUGAAGCUUGAGCCCGUUUGAAGGUGGAAUAAAAAGGCUGCAGCGCCUUGGCACAUGUCAUAGCAAAGGCACCCACCCUCUAUGGGAGUGUUUUUGUUUAGUCGUCUAAGCUUUUGUUGAGGUUGUGUUUGCGUCAGUUGCCAUUAAUAAUCCACUGGAAAUUUG